AUUAUUAAGGUCUAGGACAGGACCAGUGUGACGGGCUGGAUUCUGAACUGUGAACUGGGUAGGAACUGUAGAAAACAGGGUAACCGUUUUGGGGGGAUUUUAAAGGAUGGCAUCGCAGCCUCCCCCGAAACCCUGGGAAAGACGGAUUCCAGGUGCCAUUUCUACUCCAGCUGCCUUUCAGUCAACGGAAUUUGGGUCUACUGGCCUGUCAAGACCGGGCCCUCCUGUCCUGACCAGAGUUCCACCUCCCGUUCCCCCAAGACCAUCUCAGCAGGAUCGUGGCAACAGUCUGACAGCCUACCGACCAGCAUACAGCUCCUUCUCCUCUUCCUACAGCCCCUAUGGAGGCUCAGUAUAUGGGGGCUACAGCCCAUACAGCUACGGCUAUGGGGGUGGGCUGGGAUACAACAGGUUCCGUGCGGACGAAGCUCCACCCAGCCGAUUCGUGCAGCAGGCAGAGGAGAGCAGCCGGGGGGCCUUCCAGUCCAUCGAGAGCAUCGUCCACGCCUUCUCCUCCGUCAGCAUGAUGAUGGAUGCCACGUUCUCCGCCGUCUACAACAGCUUCCGGGCAGUCUUGGAUGUGGCAAACCACUUCUCCAGGCUGAAGGUCCACUUCACCAAGGUCUUCUCCGCCUUCGCUCUGGUGCGCACCCUGCGGUACCUCUACAGGCGGCUGCAGAGGAUGCUGGGACUGCGCAGGGCGUCGGAGGCGGAGGACCUGUGGGCGGACAGCGCUGGCGUAGUGGUUGAGGCUGGAGCUGAAGACAGAGCUGCCAGCUCUGUCAAGUCUUGGCCUAUAUUCCUUUUCUUUGCUGUCAUCCUUGGAGGACCUUACCUGAUUUGGAAACUGCUGAGUUCAACUGUUGGGGCAGAAGAAACUGCAUCCACAAACUGGGCAAAUGGCGACGAUGACCACGUGGUGGCAAGGGCAGAAUAUGACUUCACAGCUGCCUCGGAGGAAGAAAUUUCUAUUCGUCCCGGGGAUAUGUUGAACUUGGCACCUAAGGAACAACAGCCUAGGGUACGGGGAUGGCUUUUGGCCAGUUUGGAUGGUCAGAGUACAGGACUCGUCCCAGCCAACUACGUUAAAAUUCUCGGCAAAAGGAGAGGCAGGAAGCAAGCAGAACUGGAGAGAAUUGCAGAGCAGCAGCCAGGGUCGGCCAGCACACAACAAGCACUGGGAGCUGGGGCAGCUGGGGCAGCUGGGGCAGCUGGGGCAGCGCCAGAGACCCUUUCAAACCCCGAGGAUGUGUUCGAGUCCGUGUUCACAGGAACACCGGGAAAUCCCGAGAGGAAGCCUUCUUCCAGUGCUGCUAUCGUUAUUCCUGAGAAAAUAGAUCUGUGAAAUGUGUGCUAUUUCUGUGAACAUUUUUUGGGGGGGAAUUUGAUUUUAAAACCGAUUCCCUACACAUCACUGGUCAAGAAAGGGGAGAAACUGAAAACGUUCUAUGUCCUCAGGCUGCUCAGAUUACCAGAUGACCCACUGUCCGUUUCGUCACUUCACUGACAAGUGAAUGCAGCAAUUAUCACAGGAAGCUAAAAGCCAUUUCAAGACAAAUUAAAUAUGUUGUCUGGAAACUUUGGGUGACCCCCAGUCUCCUGUGUCCGAUGAGAUAAUAAAUAUCCUUGGUUUUCUUUUAAUGAUGACACUGGCAGAAAACCUCUUGCUGGUUGCAUUUUGUAGUCAUAAUGAUUGAAGGCCAUUAAAUUAUGCCAGUGUAUUUUUAAUAACAUUGGACAUUCUAGACACAUUUAAGAUUAACAGGUUGCCAGAAGCUGUUCACUUGCAUAUAACUUUGAUUGUUUGGCCAUAGGUUUAAAUUUGAAACUGAAAAGAGAAAGUUUUAGAAAAUGGAUAAGUGGAAAAUAAGUGAAUUGUUCUUUUUUUAUAAAGAUGGGAUAAUGCUGAGUUUUUUUGUUCUGGUGAAAAGUUUCAAUCAUUAUGUAUUAAUGACAAAGUAUAUAUUUUUUAACAAAGUCAGCAUUUUAGGAUGAAAACCAAAUCCCAAAUAAGAGGGAGAAUAUCAAUUACAAAUAUUAAAAAUAUUAAUAUAUUAAACCUAUGUUUUACCAUAACAAAGCUAUACCUUAUUGUUUUCUUUGAAGGGCUUUCAUUGUUUUGUCAAUCCUUUUUUUAAGCUAAAGAGCUUCACACUGAAUUGUUGAAUAUGACACGAGUAAACAUGGAAUUUCCUGUUACAUGUAUUUCAUUCGAUGCACUGUUGUUUUGACUCAUACUGUUGUCUCUUACCUUUGAGAAAAGAUCGAAAUUGCUCCUGGGUGCCUUUGGGGGGCUUGUGAUUUAAAAGGUUAAUACAAAGUGUACAGGGGAUUUAAUUUAGUUUAAUUUAGUGUGCAAUGAUUGGUCAGUUGUGUUUCACACAAAACUAUGAAGUAGGCUAUUAUUACGGAAUAACCGAAGCAUUCUUAGAAUUGUAAAAUCUUUUAGUGUAUAAAGAUUCGCAUUAUACACUAAAGGUUACUUUACUUGGAAGUUUGGCUUGGUGAAAAUCUAAGCUUCCUCUCAAGUAUUAGUAAUGCUAAUUAAUUGAUGCAGAGGUGUUUUCACAUCGUGAAUUAAAGUAUGCACAAAUAUUCAAACUUUCCACGCAAUUUUUUAUUAUUUUUCCCAUCUAACAGAUUGUAAUAAAAUUAGAUUUAAAAAAUAUUUUUUUAAAAACAACAAUGUGAAAACAAAAAAUAUUAAGAUUGGUACAGUAUGCCUUCUGUUUUUACAGGUAAUACAUGAUUUCAUCAAUAAUACAAUUCACAUUCAGAUUUUUAAGCAAAUGCUGAAGACAAACAUGUACUAAAAGAAAUUUGGAUGACUUUUCAAGUGAAUAUGUGACCAUCUCAUAUAUAAGGGGUAUGACUGAUUUAGAAGAAAAAGACAAGUUUGUCUUAAGACUAGGUUAUCACAUAUUUAUUGAGGUAUCCUAGAACAAACUAAUUGAAGCCUGCUAUUUUAAGAAUGUUAAUGUUAGGAUUAUACCAAAGUGGAUGUGAUUUGAAGAUAAUGUAACAUAAUGUACAUAUGAACGAUUACAAAAUAUACUGUACUGUAGUACCAAUUAUUGACAUGGUUUGCUCUUAUUAUUUAAAUGGUUAAUUUAAAUAAUUUUUAAACUGUUUUUGUUCAUAUUCCAGAUCCACGUCAGUUUCUGCAUCUGACAGCCAUUCACAGGCUUGUUUUCAGGGGGUGUGUUAUUGUAGAAUUUGAGUCAACGUCUCUAAAAUGUACAUGUAAAAAUGGAGACUUAUUUUGACAUAAUAAAACGUUUGUUCAACA